UUUCAGAUGAUUUUUUUGUCACUUAGCCAGACUGGAAUUCCAGAACAGGUGCCUUGGCCAUUUGCAAGGUGAAGAAUAUGAGUUUGGACCUCUAGGUAUAUUCUUCAGUUGAUAGAGAAGACACACCAUGGAAACCACCAACCAGACAGGGUCUGUGUCAGAGUUUGUUCUCCUGGGACUAUCAGCCCACCCAAAGCUGGAGAAAACAUUCUUUGUGCUCAUCCUGCUGAUGUACCUGGUGAUUCUGUUGGGCAAUGGUGUCCUCAUCUUGGUGACCAUCCUUGAUUCUCACCUGCACACACCCAUGUACUUCUUCCUAGGGAACCUCUCCUUCCUGGACAUCUGCUACACGACCUCCUCCGUCCCCCUCAUUCUUGACAGCUUCCUCACUCCCAGGAAGACCAUCUCCUUCUCAGCGUGUGCUGUGCAGAUGUUUCUCUCCUUUGCCAUGGGGGCCACAGAGUGUGUACUCCUGAGCAUGAUGGCCUUUGAUCGCUAUGUGGCCAUCUGCAACCCCCUUAGGUACCCUGUGGUCAUGAGCAAGGCUGCCUACAUGCCCAUGGCUGUCAUCUCCUGGGCAGCAGGGAGUGCUGCCUCCAUGGUUCAAACAUCCCUUGCAAUGAGAUUGACUUUCUGUGGGGACAAUGUCAUCAACCACUUCACCUGUGAGAUCCUGGCUGUCCUGAAGUUGGCCUGUGCUGACAUCUCCAUCAAUGUGAUCAGCAUGGGGGUGACUAAUGUGAUCUUUCUGGGGAUCCCAGUCCUGUUCAUCUCUUUCUCCUAUGUCUUCAUCCUUGCCACCAUCCUGAGGAUUCCCUCUGCAGAGGGGAGGAAAAAGUCCUUCUCCACCUGCUCUGCCCACCUCACUGUGGUGAUUGUCUUCUAUGGGACCAUUCUCUUCAUGUAUGGGAAGCCCAAGUCUAAGGAUCCUCUGGGGGCCGACAAGCAGGACCUGGCAGACAAGCUCAUCUCAUUGUUUUAUGGGGUGGUGACCCCCAUGCUGAACCCCAUCAUCUACAGCCUGAGGAACAAGGAUGUGAAGGCUGCUGUGAGGAACCUGGUGGUGUUUCAGAAGCACGUUAAUCAGUGA